UAAUUAAUUAUUUAAUGGAAGAAAGCAUCUAUAAUAUAAUAAUUGAGGAUCCACUUCCAUCUAAGAGAUUAAAAAAAUAUAAAUCCUAAUUUCCUGGUACAAUAUAACCAUCUUAUAGUACAUUUGCUAAUCACUCAAAUGUUAUAUAGGUAUGAAUUCAGUCUUUACACAAGGUUAAAAAUAUUAGUGGAGAUUACUAGUUGACAUCUUAAAGAUAUGCAUCUGAGAGUGGAACGAUAGGAAAAGCAAAAACAUGUUUAUAAUUGAAUUCAAUUAUUUAGAACAACUUUCUCCCAUCAAACCAAGAAUUAUGGGUACAAACAAUUUGGAUGAAUGGGUUGAGAAGGGAUCUCUUGCAAGAAGUCGAGAAUUGACUCAAUCGCAUAGAAAUAAAUUAAAACCUCUGGUUCCUAGAUCUAUCGAAAAGCCUACUAUGGGAUUAUAAUCUAAUAGAAAUUUCAUAGCUACAAACAAGAUUGAUGUUAUUCUCAAAUGUUAUUUAAAUCUUUAUUUUUAGCUCCAAAACAACAAUAACAAGAAUUGAAUUGGUUAACCAAAAAAGAUUAUGGAUAAAUUCCAUUAUAUUUAAGUUAAAUCAAAGAUCACCUCCAAUAAUCUUAUCUAGAGGAAUAAGAAAACGUUAAGCGAUAAUUGGAAGCACAAAAUGAUAAAUUGUAAAUAUCUAAUCUUAAUUAGAUAAUUAUUGUCUGAAGAAGAUUUAAAAUAAAUUAGGGAAGGCUUGAAAUAAAGAUAUGAUGAAAUUAAUAAACAAUAUCAACAAUGUACUCAUCUUAAAAAGUUUGACACUGUUGGAUUGAAACGAAGAAAGGAAUAAUUCGAAAAAGAAUUGAUAUAACUAGAAAAAGACAUGGAUAAAUUGAAAAAAUCAUAUGUAUUUGUAGAGAAAUGA